UGUGUGCUGCUCGUCUCUUCAUCCAUGGCGAAAUGAAGUGUUGUUGUUGCUGAAGGAAAAGCCGGGCCGGGGAAUUGUUGUUGCCGCGGUAACCAACGAAUACAUGUGUUCCAUUUUCCACUAAAAAAUAUGUGAAAAGCGUUUGCAUGCCGAUUGUACCAUGAAUCGAUACAUUACACUGACCCAACUGGGUGAUGGAACCUAUGGCACUGUUGUGCUGGGACAGCGUAAGGACACGGGCGAAAAGGUGGCCAUCAAGCGUAUGAAACGCAAAUAUUAUUCCUGGGAGGAGGCAAUGAACCUGCGUGAAGUGAAGUCACUGAAGAAAUUGUCGCAUCCGAAUAUUGUAAAACUCAAGGAGGUGAUCAGAGAGAACGAUACGCUGUAUUUUGUGUUUGAAUAUAUGAAGGAGAAUCUGUAUCAAAUGAUCAAGGAUCGGGACACACAUUUGCCAGAACCGGAGCUCAAGAGCAUACUCUUUCAGGUAUUGACGGGCUUGGCUUUUAUGCAUCGUCACGGCUUCUUUCAUCGCGAUCUCAAGCCGGAGAAUUUGCUGUGCUCCGGCCCGGAGCUAAUCAAGAUUGCCGACUUUGGUUUGGCAAGAGAAAUACGUUCGCGUCCACCGUUUACGGACUAUGUUUCCACGCGCUGGUAUCGUGCACCGGAGGUGUUGUUGCAUUCCACCAACUACGGCAGCACCAUCGAUCUCUGGGCCAUGGGUUGCAUCAUGGCCGAGUUGUAUACGUUUCGUCCGCUCUUUCCUGGCAGCAGCGAGGUGGAUCAACUGUUUAAGAUCUGUUCUGUGUUGGGCACGCCAGGCAAAAGUGAUUGGCCGGAUGGUUAUCGACUGGCUGCCAUGAUACAUUUUCGUUAUCCCGAUUGCAUCAAAGUGCCGCUGAGCAGCGUUGUCAGUCGCUGCAGCCAAACCGGGUUGGAUUUGCUUGAGGAUCUGCUGGCCUAUGAUCCAGAGAAGCGGCCGACAGCGCAGCAGAGUCUCAAGUAUCCGUAUUUCCAUGCGCUAAAACGCAUCUCGCCCACGGCGGCCACCAAGGCGAAUGUGAAGCUCAGCUCCAAGUAUGGCGGCAGCUCAAAUGGAGUUGUCCUACCUCCGACUGUGUCAAAUAAUGUGCUUCCGGUGCAGGAGAAACUCCACGCCGUGACUGAGCUCAUACACCAGAGCAACAACAACAACAAUAAUAAUAACAAUAACAAUGUGAAUAACAACAACAAGAAUCAGGGCAAGGCGCUGUUCAAUGGCCAAGUCAACAAGAAUGUGAGCAUGCCAAUGAAGUAUCAGCCGAAGCUGAGCUUCCUCGCCAGCAACGAGUUGAGUGGCAUGCCACCCACCACAGACUCCAGCGUGGGCAAGGAAUCCAUCAACGAUAUUUAUCUCAAUCGCAACAUUUCGCAGCUAUUUGGUUUGCCAGCUGCUGCUCCAGCGCCCGCAGCAGCUGCCGCUUCUCUGGCUCAGCAACAGCCACAACAACAACCUGGACUGCAUCCGAAUGUGUCCUUCAGCAACACCUCAACACGCAAUGGUGGCGCCAUUUAUGUGAAUGGCAGCCAACUGAGCUAUGAGACGGCCAACAAGAAUGCCAAGAACAACGGACGCCUGGCGUUGCCUCUGGGUGGUUACUAUGUGCAGACGCGUCCCAGCCAACUACCGCCCGAUGCCAAGGUGUACAACAUGUUCUCCAAGGCGCCGCCCAGCAUAAUUGUACGACAGCAGCAGCCACAUCAGCAAUUGCAACCUCCUUUCGACUCCACUUCGCUGCUGAAUGGAGCUGCCUUAAGGCUCUCGGCACGAUCGCAGGCGGCACCAGCGGAAACGCGUAAGGUGGAUGAUCUGGAUUUGAUUCUUGGUUCGAAGCUGAAAACGUCGGCGAAGCGUCAGCGAAAUGCCAAAUCAAACAUAUUGCUGGAGGAUCUCUUCGGACAUUUGUCCAUGGACUCGGAUGGCAGCGAGGGCAGCAAGUAUCCACAUACAGUGCCGCCCACGCAGCAGGCGAAGAGUGGACAGACCACAACCUCUUCGCAUAAUGGAGGACGCGACUUUUUCAACGAGCAGCACUUCAAGCGAACAGUGCCCAAGAAACGCAGUCCCAGCAGCCUCGAGGUCAACAAUGGCAGCCGCACCGAUUCGCUUUCCACUGAGAACCAAAACGACUCCUCAAUCGAAGACGAUUGUCGCUUUUGGCCCAUAAGAGUUCAAAAGCUGCAAAAGGAGAAGGCGGCCACCGCGUUUCCCUGGGACGAGACGAACAAAACGGAGGACGAGAAGCUGACGGCGUGGAUGGUCGCCGAGAAUGGUAACUUGCAUUUGGGUAAUCAAGAAGCGUAAGCGUAGAAGUCGGCCGCACUCCCUCUUAGAGCGUACAGUAGAGUAUUCGUAUUCGUAUUCGUAUACGUAAUAACAGCACCCAGCAUCAUAACAAAGUUCAACCACAAUUCGAUUGAUUGACCAUUGAUUGGGUGCACUUUUGCGGAAUUCGGAAUUCUCAAGGAUUAUUAACACACGACACACUAAUCGGAUUUAUGAACAAGAAAUAGAACAAAAACAACAACAUUUCAUGCUAAUCUCUCAUCUGAUCUGAUAUAUCUUUCAAUUAUAUGUACAUCGUCAGGAUCGUUGUUGGAAAACAAAUUUUGAAUACGGGAUGCAAAUAGAGAAGUACUUACUUGUAUCGUUAAUGUCGUCGUACCUGAAAACCUCGAAAACCUUUUGCGCGUUACGUAUACGCCACGUUGCGCGCACUCCCCGCAAUUUCUAUGUUUUCUGCGAACUGAAUGUAUCAUAUAGAGUCAUCAUCUUGUAAAUGUAAAAAAAAGUAUGUAAGGCCUAAGCUCAAUUAGAUGUGUUUAUGAAAUCCAUUAAUUUUAAUGCUGUGAUACAAAUAAGCUAAAGAUUUAAAGGAAAUUUGUAAAAGAAAAAACCCCAAAAACAAGAGAAUAAUUGUAUAAUGUUAAUGGUUAUGAUAAGUCCCAAAUAAAAUUGUGUAUGAUUGCGAAUAUAAGACAGUUUUAUUAC